ACGCGCUGACUGCAACCCGCACUGCAACCGGAGGGGGAGACAGGCGGCCGCGGGAGCUACCAUUCCGUCAGUCUCCAUCCAUCCUCGUCUUUUUUAUCCUAGCCCUUAUGUAUCCCUGCACAUUUUCAGGAGGAUAAGGGGGAAUUCAGGGGGAUUUAUAGCAGUGUUUUUCGCUUUUUUUCCCGUGUUUGUGCGCGGCUGAUGGUUGUUGAGCAGCAGCAGACGCCCGAGCGAGCACGGCAGGUGUGAGAGAGACAGCGUGCGUCCUCUCCCUCCCUGUUUUCCGAGGGGGAAAUGUCGAGCGAGAAGCCGGUUUCAACAGCAGCACCAGCCCCGGGCUCCUCCUCGCUGCUGACGGCCCCGGACCGAGGCUCGGAGCCCGGGCUGCCGGUCCCCGCUCUGCCGCCGCCGCUGGCGCAGGCGCAGCAGGGCUCCACCAUCACCACCACCGCCGGGGACAGGAUGGUGUCCGCGGCCGGCUCCAUGGUCCUCCCGGCCGGGGUCAUCAACCCCGCCGUCCCCAUCAGGAAUAUCCAGAUGAAGUUCGCCGUGCUGGUGGGCCUGAUCCAGGUGGGGGAGGUGAGCAACCGGGACAUCGUGGAGACGGUGCUGAACCUGCUGGUGGGCGGCGAGUUUGACCUGGAGACGAACUUCAUCAUCCAGGAGGCGGAGAGCAUCGGCUGCAUGGUGGAGCUGCUGUCACACUGCGAGGUGACGUGCCAGGCGGAGAUCUGGAGCAUGUUUACGGCCAUACUGCGCAAGAGCGUGCGCAACCUGCAAACCAGCACCGAGGUCGGCCUCAUCCAGCAGGUGCUGCUCAAAAUGAGCACCGUGGACGACAUGAUCGCAGACCUGCUGGUGGACAUGCUGGGAGUCAUGGCCAGCUACAGCAUCACCGUCAAGGAGCUGAAGCUGCUCUUCAGUAUGCUCAAAGGGGACAACGGCAUCUGGCCAAGACAUGCCAUCAAGCUGUUGUCGGUGCUGAACCAGAUGCCCCAGAGACACGGUCCUGAUACCUUCUUCAACUUUCCAGGACGCAGUGCAGCGGCCAUAGCAUUGCCACCGAUUGCCAAGUGGCCGUACCAGAACGGAUUCACCAUUAACACCUGGUUCAGACAGGAUCCGCUCAACAACAUCAACGUGGAUAAAGAUAAACCGUACCUGUACUGCUUUCGCACCAGUAAAGGGAUCGGUUACUCCGCUCACUUCGUGGGAAACUGUCUCAUUGUGACAUCACUGAAGUCAAAAGGAAAAGGAUUCCAGCACUGUGUCAAAUAUGAUUUCCAACCUCGCAAGUGGUACAUGAUCAGCAUCGUCCACAUCUACAACCGCUGGAGGAACUCCGAGAUCCGUUGCUAUGUCAACGGCCAGCUGGUCUCCUACGGCGACAUGGCCUGGCACGUCAACACCAACGACAGCUACGACAAGUGUUUUCUCGGUUCCUCUGAGACGGCCGAUGCCAACAGGGUGUUCUGUGGUCAGCUCGGGGCUAUUUAUGUUUUCAGCGAAGCUCUCAACCCAGCCCAGAUCUUUGCCAUCCAUCAGCUCGGCCCAGGAUACAAGAGCACCUUCAAGUUCAAGUCGGAGAGCGACAUCCACCUGGCGGAGCACCACAAGCAGGUGCUGUACGAUGGCAAGCUGGCCAGCUCCAUCUCCUUCACCUACAACGCCAAGGCCACGGACGCCCAGCUCUGCCUGGAGUCCUCGCCCCGGGAAAACGCCUCCAUCUUCGUGCACUCGCCGCACGCGCUCAUGCUGCAGGAUGUGAAGGCCAUCGUUACCCACUCCAUCCACAGUGCCAUCCACUCCAUCGGCGGCAUCCAGGUCCUGUUCCCGCUCUUUGCUCAGCUGGACUUCAAGCAGCUGAACGACAGCAGCGUGGACACGUCGGUGUGUGCUACUCUGCUGGUGUUCCUGGUGGAGCUGUUGAAAAGCUCCGUGGCCAUGCAGGAGCAGAUGCUGGGAGGGAAGGGCUUCCUGGUGAUCGGGUACCUGCUGGAGAAGUCGUCAAGGGUCCACAUCACCAGAGCUGUUCUUGAACAGUUCCUGUCGUUUGCCAAGUAUCUGGACGGUUUACCUCACGGAGCGCCGCUCCUCAAACAGCUCUGUGACCAUGUCCUCUUCAACGCCGCCAUCUGGAUACACACCCCUGCCAAGGUCCAGCUCUCCCUGUACACAUACCUGUCAUCGGAGUUCAUCGGCACCGCCACCAUCUACUCCACCAUCCGGCGCGUGGGCACCGUCCUGCAGCUGAUGCACACCCUAAAGUACUACUACUGGGCUCUGAACCCUCUGGAGUGCAGCGGAAUCUCCCCCAAAGGUCUUGAUGGACCGCGGCCGUCCCAGAAAGAGAUCAUCUCCCUCCGAGCCUUCAUGCUGCUUUUCCUCAAACAGCUCAUUCUCAAGGACCGGGGAGUGAAGGAGGACGAGCUGCAGAGCAUCCUCAACUAUCUACUGACCAUGCAUGAGGAUGAGAAUAUCCACGAUGUGCUCCAGCUGUUGGUGGCUCUAAUGUCUGAGCACCCGGCGUCCAUGAUCCCUGCGUUUGACCAGAGGAAUGGCAUAAGGGUGAUCUGUAAACUCCUGGCCUCCAAGAGCGAGAGCAUCCGGGUCCAAGCACUGAAGGUUCUGGGCUACUUCCUGAAGCACCUGGGUCAUAAGAGAAAGGUGGAGAUCAUGCACACUCACAGUCUGUUCACACUGCUGGGAGAGCGGCUGAUGAUGCACACCAACACCGUCUCCGUCACCACCUACAACACUCUGUAUGAGAUCCUGACAGAGCAGGUCUGCACUCAGGUGGUUCACAAGCCCCAUCCCGAGCCCGACUCCACCAUCAAGAUCCAGAAUCCCAUGAUUCUGAAGGUGGUGGCCACCCUGCUGAAGAACUCCAGCCCCAGUGCCGAGCUGAUGGAAGUCAGGAGGCUCUUCCUCACCGACAUGAUAAAACUCUUCAGCAACAGCCGCGAAAACCGCCGCUGCUUGCUGCAGUGCUCUGUGUGGCAGGACUGGAUGUUUUCCCUCGGAUACAUCAACCCCAAAAACCCAGAAGAGCAGAAAAUCACGGAGAUGGUGUACAACAUCUUCAGGAUUCUACUCUACCAUGCCAUCAAGUAUGAAUGGGGAGGGUGGAGGGUGUGGGUCGACACCCUGUCCAUCGCACACUCCAAGGUGACCUACGAGGCCCACAAGGAGUACCUGGCCAAGAUGUACGAAGAGUAUCAGCGUCAGGAGGAGGAGAACAUGAAGAAGGGAAAGAAAGGAUCCGUGUCCACCAUCUCCGGUCUGUCGGCCGCGCCCGCCCCCGUCGUCAACGGCAACCUGGAAAUUGACGACAACUCCCAAACACAGACGCCUGAGAGCGAGGCCGAGUACAGCGAAGGGGCCGGCGGAGACUCGCGUAACCUCCUGGCGGAGGGCGCGGUGAAGCGGCCGAACGGAGAAGCCCUGGCCCCCGGGGAGCAGAGCGUGGGCCCGGGGGUCCGGGUGGAGGUGCACGACCUGCUGGUGGACAUCAAGGCCGAGAAGGUGGAGGCCACGGAGGUGAAGCUGGACGACCUGGACCUGUCUCCAGAAGGCCUGAGCGGCGGCGUGGGCGGGGGCGGUGUAGGAGGGGGGGUGGGGAUAGAGAACGGACCCUUGGUGGAGGUGGACUCCCUCCUGGACAGCGCUUACUGCUCUGUGGUGCAGAACCUCAACGGGAAUCUGCCGCCUAAAGACGACGCGCCGGGCCCAGGGGUGGGACUGGGAACCGGCCUGGGAACCGGCCUGGGAACCGGCCUGGGCCUGGCAGGAGUCAGCCUGGAGGACGACGGGAACAUGGGGCCCCUCAUCACGCUGGCUGAUGAGAAAGACAGCGUUCCCAGUAACAACGGCUUUCUCUUCAGCAAGGUUGAUGAGAAGCUGCUUCCAGCUCUGGCAGCCACAGACCCGCUGGUGCUGCCCAGUCCGGAGCAGCCCAGUCCAGCAGGCCCGGUGCCGGUCCCGCCUCACACCAGCAGCACCAGCAGCGCCAGCGACGACCUCAGCCUGCUGGCCCACAUGACCGGCUGCGGCUCGGACCUCACACAGGCCCAGAGCCACGCUCCCGGGGAGCUUCCUGAGGACGGACCCUUCAAGAUCCAGAGUCCUCUGGCAGAUAUCAGCUCCAUCGCCGAGGCCGAGAGCCAGAUCCAGAUCCAGGGAGCCCCCCGGCCAGACUUCCCGGACGGAGAGGGGGCAGCCGGGGCGGAGGGAGAGUGCUCGGGCCUGAAGACGGGGGGAGACACCGCCAGCACCACGUCUGAUACGGAGAGGUCGGACGAUGGGAAAGACAAGGAUAUAAGGAAGAUCCAGACCACCACCACUACUCAGGCGCUGCACGGCCGCACGGCGGCCCAGCUGGAGCGGGACCUGCGUGUGGACCUGGGUUUCAGGGGCAUGCCCAUGACAGAAGAGCAGCGGCGCCAGUUCAGCCCCGGCCCGCGCACCACCAUGUUCCGCAUCCCAGAGUUCAAGUGGUCUCCCAUGCACCAGCGGCUGCUCACGGACCUGCUGUUCGCCCUGGAGACCGACGUGCACGUCUGGAGGAGCCACUCCACCAAGUCAGUGAUGGACUUCGUAAACAGCAAUGAAAACAUCAUCUUCGUCCACAACACCAUCCAUCUCAUCUCCCAGAUGGUGGACAACAUCAUCAUCGCCUGUGGAGGCAUCCUGCCCCUGCUGUCGGCCGCCACCUCCCCCUCUAGUUCUAAGAGUAAUGCCAACGCUAAGGCAGGAGGAGCCGGGCCCCUGAGGGGCUCACAGGGAGAGGAGGUGACCCCUGUUCCUGGGGGAGGAGGCGCAGGGGUGGAGACGGAGUUGGAGAACAUCGAGGCCACGCAGGGGAUGUCCUCAGAGACGGCGGUCACCUUCCUGUCCCGUCUCAUGGCUAUGGUGGACGUGCUGGUGUUCGCCAGCUCCCUGAACUUCAGCGAGAUCGAAGCGGAGAAGAACAUGUCGUCAGGAGGGCUGAUGAGGCAGUGCCUCCGCCUCGUUUGCUGCGUAGCAGUGAGGAACUGCCUGGAGUGCCGGCAGAGACAGAGAGAUCGUACGUGUAAGUCGUCAUUAACCAGCAGCAAGUCCCAGGACAGCCUCCACAGUGCCUCCUCCGCCAGCAAGCAGGAUCCAGACAGACUCCUGCAGGAUGUCGACAUCAAUCGUCUGCGAGCUGUGGUUUUCAGAGAUGUUGAUGACAGUAAGCAGGCCCAGUUUCUAGCGCUGGCAGUUGUUUACUUCAUCUCCGUUCUCAUGGUGUCUAAGUACCGAGACAUUUUGGAGCCUCAGAGAGAGAUUGGCAGAUCUACGAGCCUAUCAGGGAGAAGCAUCCGCCACGAGAUCAACUCCCCCACCAGCACAGAGCACCCGUCCAACGCCUACUCUGACAAACAGACCCCCACGCCGGUGGACGACUCCCCGCGGGCCGGCCUCCCCCACACGGACUCGGGCAUCGGGGAGGAGGGCCACGUGGCCGGGUCCCUGAACGGAUCAGAGCUGGGGCUGGGGCUGGGGCUGGGCCUGGUGGGCCGGGAGACGGACAGGGACAGAGACAGAGACAUCGUAGGGGGAGGGGGAGGCACGGAUCUGCUGUGCAGUCUGUCUGACGUCCGGAGGUCCCAGGAGAGCCUUCUGGAUUCCCCCCACAACCCCGGCUCCACCCCGGGCUCGGGCCAGGCCCCGCCCUCCUCCAUCUCCAGCAUCAGUCAGACAAACAAAGGCAUCAACGUGAAGGAGAUCCUGAAGAGUUUGGUGGCGGCUCCCAUCGACGGCGCAGAAUUAGGACAGGAGUUUGGACCAACGCCGUAUCACCCGGACCCCGCCCUGAAAACGCACCCCAUGCUGCCCAUGCAGUUCCACUCCUUCGACAGGAGUGUGAUGGUUCCAGUGAAGAAGCCCCCACCCGGGAGCCUGUCAGUCAACACCGUGGGCACGCCCCCCACCGGCGGAGCGGCCACCGCCGGCAGCACACCCAACAUCUUCGCUGCUGCAACAGCAACACCCAAGAGCAUGAUCAACACCACAGGUGCAACAGACUCUGCCUCCUCCUCUUCCUCCUCCUCUUCAUCGUUUGUUAACGGUGCGACCAGUAAGAACCUGCCGGCGGUGCAGACGGUGGCCCCCAUGCCAGAAGACAGCAUGGAAAAUAUGAGUGCCUAUUGUGAGGUGGGGCAGUGUGCCCUGCGCAGCGGUCAGACCCCCCCUGAGCUAAAGUCUUUUAGCUCUCUGGCAGGCUUCCAGGCAGCCCCUCGAGAUGCAGGACAGUGUUUUAGCAUCACCACCAAGCUGGAGCGAGCGCUGGAGAAGGUGGCCCCUCUGCUGAGGGAGAUCUUCGUGGACUUCGCUCCCUUCCUGUCCAGGACGCUGCUGGGUAGCCAUGGGCAGGAACUGCUCAUAGAAGGUACAGGUCUGGUGUGCAUGAAGUCCAGCACGUCGGUGGUGGAGCUGGUGAUGCUGCUCUGUUCUCAGGAGUGGCAGAACUCCAUCCAGAAGAAUGCCGGACUGGCCUUCAUUGAGCUCAUCAACGAGGGGAGACUGCUGUGCCACGCCAUGAAGGAUCACAUUGUGCGUGUGGCCAACGAAGCCGAGUUCAUCCUGAACCGCCAGAGGGCCGAGGACGUUCACAAACAUGCCGAGUUUGAGGUAAACAAGCCUACUACAAUGGAAUGCUGGUCCAACUGCGCCCAGUACGCCGCCGAUCGGAGGGAGGAGGAGAAGAUGUGCGACCACCUCAUCAGCGCGGCGAAGCACAGAGAUCAUGUGACUGCCAACCAGCUGAAACAGAAGAUCCUCAACAUCCUGACCAAUAAGCACGGAGCAUGGGGGACCAUGUCCCAGAGCCAGCUGCAUGACUUCUGGCGCCUGGACUACUGGGAGGACGACCUGAGGAGGAGACGGAGGUUCGUGCGGAACGCCUUCGGCUCCACGCACGCCGACGUGUCGCUCAAGGCUCUGGACGACUACGGUCCGGAGGACGAGGAGGACGAGCAGAAGUCCAAGAAGAGCUACCGCAGCCACUCGGUGGUGGCCCAGAACCCGGAGGCGGAGCUGAUGCUGGAGGGAGACGACGACGCCGUCAGCCUGCUGCAGGAGAAGGAGAUAGACAACCUGGCUGGGCCGGUGGUUCUGAGCACGCCUGCCCAGCUGGUGGCUCCGGUGGUGGUGGCUCGGGGAACUCUGUCCAUCACCACCACGGAGAUCUACUUCGAGGUGGACGAGGAGGACCCCACUUUCAAGAAGAUGGACACUAAAGUGCUGGCGUACACGGAGGGUUUGCACGGCAAGUGGAUGUUCAGCGAGAUCCGGGCCGUGUUCUCCAGACGCUUCCUGCUGCAGAGCACCGGGCUGGAGGUCUUUAUGGCCAACAGAACGUCUGUGAUGUUCAACUUCCCGGACCCGGCCACGGUGAAGAGGGUGGUGUACAGUCUCCCCAGGGUGGGGGUGGGAACGAGCUACGGCCUUCCACAAGCCAGGCGUAUUUCCUUGGCCACCCCUCGGCAGCUCUUCAAGUCCUCCAACAUGACUCAGCGCUGGCAGAGAAGAGAAAUCUCCAACUUCGAGUACCUCAUGUUUCUCAAUACUAUUGCAGGGAGGACCUAUAAUGAUCUGAACCAAUACCCCGUCUUCCCCUGGGUUCUGACCAACUACGACUCGGAGGAGCUUGAUCUCACUCUGCCCGGAAACUUCCGAGACCUUUCCAAGCCAAUCGGUGCCCUGAAUCCGAAGCGAGCAGCGUUUUAUGCAGAGCACUACGAGACGUGGGACGACGACAGCACGCCUCCUUACCACUACACAACCUUGUACUCCACCGCUCACUCCACACUCAUGUGGAUGCUCAGAAUAGAACCCUUCACCACAUUUUUCCUCAACGGUAACGAGGGGAAGUUUGACCAUCCAGACAGAGCUUUCUCUGGGAUUGGCCGUGCGUGGAGGAACUGCCAGAGAGACACGGCCGACGUCAAGGAGCUGAUCCCGGAGUUCUACUACCUGCCAGAGAUGUUUGUCAACAGUAACGAGUACGAGCUCGGUGUUCGUGAUGAUGCCGUUCCUGUCUGUGAUGUGGAGCUUCCUGUCUGGGCCAAGAAGCCCGAAGACUUUGUCCGCAUUAACCGCAUGGCGUUGGAGAGUGAGUUUGUGUCCUGCCAGCUGCACCAGUGGAUCGAUCUUAUAUUCGGGUACAAGCAGAGAGGGCCGGAAGCGGUCCGGGGCCUGAAUGUCUUCAACUUCCUGUCGUAUGAGGGAGCAGCCAACUUGGACAAUGUGGAUGUCAUGCAGCGUGAGGUGAUUGAGACCCAGAUCCAGCUCUGUGGUCAGGUCCCGUCUCAGCUGCUCAUAGAGCCGCACCCGCCGCGCUCGUCCGCCAUGCACCUGUGUUUCCUUCCCCAGAGUCCUCUGAUGUUUAAGGAUCAGAUGCAGCAGGACGUCAUCAUGGUGCUCAAGUUCCCCUCCAACUCCCCCGUCACGCACGUCGCUGCCAACACGCUCCCCCACCUCAGCAUCCCGGCCGCCGUCACCGUCACGUGCAGCCGGCUGUUCGCCGUCAACCGCUGGCACAACACAGUCGGCCUCCGUGGCGCCCCAGGAUACUCCCUGGAGCAGGCUCACCAUCUGCCCAUCGAGAUGGACCCCCUCAUCGCCAACAACUCAGGCAUGAACAAGCGUCAGAUCACAGACCUGGUGGACCAGAGCAUCCAGAUCAACACGCACUGCUUCGUGGUGACGGCCGACAACCGCUACAUCCUGGUCUGCGGCUUCUGGGACAAGAGCUUCCGCGUUUACUCCACUGAAACUGGGAAGUUGACCCAGAUCGUGUUCGGCCACUGGGACGUGGUGACGUGUCUCGCUCGGUCAGAGUCCUACAUCGGGGGAGACUGCUACAUUGUGUCAGGCUCCAGAGACGCCACUCUUCUUCUGUGGUACUGGAGCGGGCGACAUCACAUUAUAGGGGACAACCCCAACAACAGUGACUACCCCGCCCCCAGGGCGGUGCUGACGGGCCACGACCACGAGGUGGUGUGUGUGUCUGUCUGUGCUGAGCUGGGCCUGGUCAUCAGUGGAGCCAAAGAGGGCCCGUGCCUGGUCCACACCAUCACCGGGGACCUGCUCCGGGCCCUGGAGGGCCCCGAGCUGUGCCAGCGGCCGCGGCUCAUCUCCGUAUCCAGCGAGGGCCACUGCAUCAUCUACUACGAAAGGGGCCGCUUCUGCAACUUCAGCAUCAACGGGAAGCUGCUGGCGCAGAUGGAGGUUAACGACUCCUCACGGGCCAUCCUGCUGAGCAGCGACGGGCAGAAUCUGGUGACCGGGGGGGAUAACGGCGUGGUGGAGGUGUGGCAGGCCUGCGACUUCAAGCAGCUGUACAUCUACCCGGGCUGCGACGCCGGCAUCCGGGCCAUGGACCUCUCCCACGACCAGAGGACUUUGAUCACCGGCAUGGCGUCCGGCAGCAUCGUGGCGUUCAACAUAGACUUCAACCGCUGGCACUACGAACACCAGAACAGGUACUGAGGCGGACAGCGUGAGGAAGAGCAGGACGCAGAGAGGAGAGGAGAAGACGUGAUACAUUCUGGCGUGUAUCUGCAACACAGGGAAACCACAGGUACCCACACGAGAGAAAAAAAGAAAACAGUAGCGGACGUUUCGGCUCUACUCCCCCGAUCUGAGGACAUGACAGCGCUGACGGGAACUGCUUCCUCUCUGCAUACUUGUAUGCAGCCACGCGUGUACUCACAGACACAUAAUACCCAGCAGAUACAUACCAAAACCUGCUAGCACACCAGACCGAUGCCGUGUGGAGCCAGGAGAACCAGGAGCAGGUGGAGCAGAGGUGCAGCGGGCCUCCCUGCUAGCGUCUCCCCCAGGACGGGGACGCUGCUGUUCCCCGUACCUUUCAGUCUUCACAGACGGCGUUCUCCACUCUUGCUUUUCUUUUAUUCUCCUUCAGAUUUUGCUCUCUUACUUUUCCGGUGAAAUUCAGUUGGUGAUUAUUUGGACGGAUUAAAAAUGAGGAUUCCUUCUGUGUAUCUUAACUGAUUAGAAAGGCUCACCCGACGCUCAGAGACUGGUGCUCGCGGCUCGAUCUGAAAUUCACAGUUGAAAAAUUGUCUGGGAUUCGAUUUGAUUUAGUUUCAUUUCAUUUUUUUUUUUAUUGUCUUUUUUUUGCCCACAGCUGGCUUAGAUCUGAGGUUUGUGUAAAUACGGCUCUGCAUCCUUUCAGAGUCACACUUGUUCUUUCACUACUCAAACUGCGCUUAUCACCUUUAAUUUAUUAAUGACUUGCUGUAUGUAAAAUACUGUGUAAUAAUUAUUAUGAUGUUGAUGGGCCUGACAGUACUAACGGUGGCGUGGAGGAGGAUGCUGAUUGUUUUGCCGGAGGAGCUGGAGCGUAAGCGAUCUUGCCUGUGCCACCGAGGAUGACGAACACGAGACCGACAUGAUUUCCUUUGUAUAUUUGGUGAUUGUUUUGUCAAAUAUGUACAUAUAGUCUUGGUUCAGGCUUGGCGGGAGACUUACUCGGCUGAAUAAGACUGGAAAGUGCAAAGGAAACCUUCACUUACACACAUUUGUUGGUUAUUUAAAAAAAAACAAUUUUAAAAAAGAAGAAGAGAGAAUCAAAUCAAUGUAAAAGUUUGUUUUGUAUCUGCACUUUGCACCAAUCACAUAUCAUUAUUUAUUAGCUUGGUUCUUUCUGGUCGGCUGUCAUUUGGUUUAGGUCCAUCUUCCUUCGGGAUUAUUUGUGCAUUGAUGUUUGUAUUUAAGACGUUGCUCAUGUGUACUUCUAAGUUUUACAACCUCACCGUUGUAAGCAAUAUCAUGAUUCUGUAGCUGAUUAGAGGUCAGGAGGAGGGACGAGAGGACGACACGUGAGAUGUACUGUAUGUGUGAAGCCAUCUUGAUCAAAUGCGCACAUGCACAUACUCUAUCGACAGGUUACACUUACGUAUCCAAAAAAAGGUUAAAUAUUUUUGGAUCUAUGAAACCCUUAAAAACUAUUGUAUUCAUGUUUUAUUGCAAAGAUGUAAAAUAUGACAUGUGUGAGUUGGGAAAAAAAAUCAUAAGAAAAAUAAAA